AUGGAGGAGAGCGACGAGAGAGCGAUUGAGCAAGAAGAUGCUGAUACGGGGGAGACGCUAGAUGAGACUCUUGACCAGCAUUUCAGUCAUCUCACACUAACUGUUGACGGCCUCGGGUCCUCAGACUUGCUUUCAAGUGUUGAUUUGGAGUCGCCGGACGCGUCGACAGCCGUCAGAGCACAGGAGCCUCUUGUAAGCGAGUGCUUCUCCCAGAAGUUCGAGAUCCUCCGCACCCCCGAGCGCUCGCGCAAUCGCUCGCACAUGUUGGAAGAUGGGCGGGGGAGCGCGGAGGGGGAGCUGGGGUUGUGGCAUGAGCUGAUCAGCAAGACGUCGCCGUCACGAUCAUCGAUAGAGGAGGCGCUGCGAGCAAGAAACUCAAUCAGCGUGGAGGAGGCGAACAGCGAAAGCUUCGACGCGAGUGACGGGGGGAGGGAUCCUUACGGGAACGGCAACAAGACCUCGGAUGAGGUGAAGAGAGCUUGUGAGAUAAUGGCGGACCGGGCGAAGCAGGACAUGAUGGCCUUGGAGCGAGAGCUGUUGGAGUUCACGAGAGAGAUGGAGCUGAACUUCAUUGUCGAGAAGAACGAGUUGACGUCCAUGUACGAGGAUCAGGUGUGGAGGCUGAAGCAAGAUCUCUACUACGCUAGCCAAAAGGAGUGCCAGCUGCUGGAGGAGCUGGACGAGACGCAGCAGAGGAAUCAGAGCUUGCAAGCGGAGAACAAAACUCUGCGGCAGAAGCUGCUCGAGAGCCGGAUAGAAACAAGCCGACUGUCUGAAGACUUGGAGGAGGCAUCCAGCGCUAUCUACCAGAUGACAGCAGAGUUAGAAGAACUCUCUGCUCAGAACUCAUCCAACAUGGACAAGUUCCAAUCAGAGAACAAGUCGAUGGAGCGAAGGCUGUUUGUAAAUAAGUGGGAGAAUGACCGGGUGUUUUAUCAACUCAGCGACGAGCUGAGAAGUGCUGAAGAGAAACUUGCCGGUGUGGAGAGCAGUCUGCUGCAGGUGCAGUCAGCAACUUUGCAGCUGCAAGAAAGAAACCAGAGCAUCGAGCAUGCCCUGAGCACUUCAGUGCACGAGAACAAGUUCUUGAGCUUCAAGGUCAAGCAGAAGUCAGAAGAGUGUCUGAAGCUGCACGUCAAGGCUGUUGAUGACGUGUCGAGGAUGGAGCAUUGCUUCGACGUCAACCGCUCAGCCCAGCUGGUGGAGUUUGCCAGAAGAACCUCGUCAAAUGAGAGGCAGCAUAGUUCUCAGCUCGCCAACCCCCACCUCUUGGCGACGUGCCCGGCUGACCCAGAGGAUGAUCAAGAGUGGAUACAAGAGAUGAUUCGAGAGCACGACGAGGAAGUGAAGUCCUUGCGCUCCCAGCUGGAGUCAAUCUAUGUGACGCUUGACAAGGCGAAGCAGUCGGAGACUCUGCUCUUCCCCUUCACGCUCGAGAUCUUCAAAGAGCUGAACUUCAUGGGACAUGAGCUCGACAAGGUCAAGCAAGAGACGUAUCGGUACUUCAAGCAGCAUGUCCGAUCGAGCGAAGUCGGCAUGACUGAGAGCAUGGAGGUGUUGAGAGGCUUGCUUACAGACUUGUACCAGCUGUGUGUCGGGAUUGAGAUGGCGACGACUGGAGGCAAGAGCUUCAGCUUCUCCUUCUUCGACCUCCUCCUCAACGCCUCCUCUGACCUCAGACUCGACAAGUUUCACCCGGAGCUCCAAAGCUCCUGCCAGCAGCUCUGCUGCGCAAUCUCGUCAGGGCUCGACAAGCUUGCGGGCGGUAGGAGCUCACGGGGAAGUGGCGGCAUGGGCGAAGGUUUCGUGACUCCCAUGGCUGCUGUAAGGCGACUACCUAGCGGAGGGUUAGAGGACAUGUCGGUGUUACCCGCAGCCCGCAUGCUCUCCUCUCAGCUGUCAGAGUUGGAUAGAGAGCUCAAGGACCUGUUCACGAGCAUGCUGCAAGAAAAGCAGCCGAGACAGGUAGCUAGGGCUGCAAGGCCAACAGAUAACUUGAAAGAUGCGACAAGCGUGCUCGAAAAGAAGAUCGCAGCAGGGCUGCACAUCCUCGACUUGGAGGAGAUCUCCUCCUCGCAGGGCCAGACCCAUCCAGCAGAGCGGGACGAAGAGGAAGAGCUGGAGGACAUGAUCGCUCUAGCUGUGUCGUCUCUUCGGCUGCACCUGGAGACUAUGGAGGAGAUGUGCAAACUGAGGCUGGAGUCACUGUAUCACAGGAAGAGAUUCGCUGAGUGGAUGGACGUUGUUGGACAUGAGAUUGCUGAGCUCCAGUCCUCCGCUCGGACUCUCUUCCUCCCCUGCUCUCAUCGCCCUGACUCGGCCGCUGUCUCUCUGUCUAUCCUGCGAGCUGUGGUGAUCCGGUCCGAAGAGCCUCCUUCCCUCCUCCAAGUCACCAUCUUUGCCAUGUCCAGCAGGUCAGCUACACUGACGGAGACGCUGAAGACGAGCAUGACGCGAGUGGAGGAGUCACAGGGUCAACACACGGCGACAUGGCAGGAAGCGGCGAGCUCUCUGCGCCUUAAUGACGACAAGGUCAUGCUGACCUGUCACGACUAUCACUACUCCCUCGAGGCUGUGGCGGCAGAGUAG